ACCGGGAGCCCCGUCCCGGGUCCCCCCCUCCUCCUCCUUCCCCCCACUCUCUCCUCCUCCUCCCCUUUCUCUGCCGGCUGCAACCGAGGAGGUACAGCGGGGCCAGGCCCCGGGAAGCCCAGCCCAGCGGAGCCCUCCCCGCCUCGCCAACCAGGCCGGGGGGGAAUGAGCCCCCGCUGCCCUGAAGAGCCCGCCGCCGCCUGAGCGGGGAGCAGCAGAGCAGCGAGGCCUCACGCCGGCCGGCCAGGCAGGGAGCAGCUCGGGGGGACCGGUCCGGGGGGGGUGGCUGGGCGGGGAGGGGGGGGGGAUCAUGGCUGCUCAGGUCGCCCCCGCCGCCGCCAGCAGCCUGGGCGCCCCGGCUCCAGCCGAGCUGAAGAAAGCGGAGGCGCAGCAGCGGGAUUGUCCCCCGGAGGAGGCGGGGGGUGAGGCGGCGGCGGAGCGCGGCGGCGGCGAGAAGCAGGCGGAGAGCGAGGGCCCCCCGGGGAAGGAGCUGCAGGACGGGGCCGAGAGCAACGGAGGGGGCGCAGGGGCCGAGUCCGACCUGAAGAGCUCGAACGGGAACCCGGGCCCCAGGCCCGCCGCUGCCGCCGCCACCCUGAACAAUAACCUCCCGGAGCCGCCCGGUGGCGGCGGCAGCAGCGACGGGGUGGGGGCGCCGCAGCAGCAGCAGCCGCCGCAGCAGCCUCCCCCUUCCCACCCGGCCGCCUUGCCCCCGCCAGCCUACGGCUUCGGGCAGCCCUACGGCCGGGGCGCCCAGGCUGCUGCCGCCGCCGCCGCCGCUGCGGCCGCCGCCGCUGCCUUCCACCAACAUGGCGGACAACAAAGCCCUGGCAUGGCAGCGCUGCAGAGCGGGGGCCUGGAGCAGUCUUACCCGGGGCCGGCGGGAGCCCCCGCGGGGCCGCCCCCUCCCCAGAACUCGCACGGCGGCGCCGAGCACGGCUUCCCCAACCACCAGUACAACUCCUACUACGCGGCCGGCGCCGGGCGCAGCGCCGGCUCCUACCCGCCUCCCCCCCAGGCCUACGCCCUGAGCUCCCCCCGGGGCAGCGCGCAGAGCUCCGCUCAGGCGGCCGCCGGCGCCAAGUCCCCCGCCGCCGCCUUCCAGCAGCAGCGCUUCGGGGUCAUGGGGCCCUCGGCCGCCGGCGGAGCAGGAGGAGGGGGCGCCACCCCGCAGCCCACGGCCACCCCCACCCUCAACCAGCUCCUCACCUCCCCCAGCUCCGCCCGCGGCUAUCAGGGGUACCCCGGGGGCGACUAUAGCGGCGGGCCGCAGGACGGGGGAGCCGCCAGCAAGGGCCCGGCCGCCGCGGAUAUGGUCUCGCAGUACGGCGGGGGCAACAGCCAAGGCUGGGCCGCAGCGCCCGGCGGGGCCCCGCCGAGGAGCCACCACGCGCCCAUGAGCCCCGGGAGCAGCGGCGGCGGCGGCGGGGGACAGAGCCUCGGCCGGAGCCAGCAGCCUUCAAGCCCAAUGGAUCAGAUGGGGAAGAUGAGGCCUCAGCCGUAUGGAGGAAACAACCCCUACACGCAGCAGCAGGGACCUCAGGCGGGGCCGCAGCAAGGACACGGCUAUCCAGGACAGCCCUAUGGGCCACAGACUCCCCAGAGAUAUCCCAUGGGAAUGCAAAGCAGGACACAAAGUACAAUGGGCAGCAUCUCAUAUGCACAGCAGAUUCCGCCUUACGGACAGCAGGGUCCCAGCGCAUAUGGACAGCAAAGCCAGACUCCAUAUUACAACCAGCAAAGCCCUCAUCCCCAGCAGCAGCAGCCUCCAUAUUCUCAGCAGACUCCAUCCCAGACCCCUCACUCUCAGCCUUCUUAUCAGCAGCAGCAACAGCCUCAGUCUCAAGCUCCUCAGCUUCAGACAGCACAGCCGGCAUAUUCUCAGCAGCAGUCCCAGCCGCCCCAUCAGCAGUCCCCAACUCCAUAUCCUCAGCAGCAGUCCACAGCCCAGCAGCACCAACAGAAUCAGCCUCCCUAUUCACAACAGCAGUCACAGUCACCCUACCAGCAGCAGCAGCAGCAAACUCAGCAGACAGCUUCCUCGGCUCUUUCUCAGCAGUCAUCUUCAUACCCUCAGUCACAGCCGCAGCAGCAGCAGUCUGCAUAUUCCCAGCAACGCUUCCCCCCUCCUCAGGAGUUAUCUCAAGAAUCAUUUGGGUCCCAGACAUCAUCUGCUCCCUCAAUGGCCUCCAGUAAAGGGCAAGAAGACAUGAACUUGAAUCUUCAGUCCAGACCUUCUAGCCUGCCGGUGAGUGGUGAGCUGUUCUAGAAAUGAAUGGGGUGAGGGCAGUCGGAAGCACAGCAGGAUAAAUUAGCAGUGGUAGUAUUCCACGUGGAAAUGGGAAUGAUGGAGACUGCCUCUGCUUUUACUAAGUCAUUAGCUUCUGGCUUCCCACUGGAGAUUAAAUGUAAUUUACAGAAGUAAUGGAUCUGAGAGUAAAGUUUACCCCUAAGUACUCUGGUCUGCAUGUUUUAGCCAAAAGAUUUCUUUAGAUUUCUGUUCAUAGUGUCUGAAGUACCUGAUUGCUGUCAGAGUAGUCUCUGACCUUCAGGGAAAGAUGUCUUAUUUUAUUCUGUUGUUUCUUUAGCCCACUGUUGCAUGGGUUGGCUAUGGAACUGUUCCCAUUCUGUCACUGGAUCCUCGUACUGCUGAUUUAAGGUUUUUUGCUCCAGUCUGACCAAAUGGUUGAUAAAAAAGACAAGUUUAUUAGUACCUGAAGUGAGGAAGAUCAGCUCCUUCCUUAACAGAAUGCAAAAGAAAAUAAAAUUUUCCAUCUAAAUCUGCUCGCUGUAUGCACAGUGAACAAUUGGAUAUGAGGUUAGUGCCUGGUCUUCCAGCAGAUUUGGACCAGGAGAGUUUAGCUUUGGUUUCAAACUUCAUACAGGAAAGGGAGAAGGGUUAGACACUUGGGUUAGUUUGCACAAGUUGCUCUGUGCCAGAGACUUGGAAGAACAGUAUUGAGCUGCUGAAUU